CAGAGCCUGCAGAAGUGGGGGGGCUCUGGGGUCGCUUCCCUGGUGGCGGGGAGAGAGUCAGGAUCCCUCUGGGACUGGCAGGGAAGAUUGACAAGAGCCAUGCCCGGGAGGCUGCAUUCACACAACGCAGGGCGUUCGGCUUUCCCCGAGAAACGGGCAGAAUGGCAGCUUCAGGAGCUGUCGAUGGGAAAUUCCUGCAACAAGGUUGGAGGAGCCAGCUGCCCCCUUGCUCACUGACAGAUGGUGAUCUGUCUGCUUAUCCUGGCUUGGCUAACCUUCUUAUGGUUCUGACAAAGCAUAUGGAUUCUUCGGGGAUGAGCAUCGCUUUGGCCCAGCCGUUGGAAGAGGCAACGAAAGAAUUACAAAUGCACCGGGCAAACUGGUUAAAGUGGGAAGCGUUACAGCGACUUUUGCAGGAAGCUUUGUUGGAAUUGGGAGCUGAUCCGGCCCCCCAGGACAAAAAAUUCCUGGAAACCCUGGAGCACCAGCUUCUAGUAGCGGAGUUAAAGCGUGUGCUUGAUCUUGAUUCUUCUCUGCAAAACAGCCGUCCGUCUGUCUUAGGCUUGGAACCCGCUAAUUUAACGGAGUUUCUCCCUGCUCACCAAGAACUGGAGCAAAUGCAGAAGCGCCUCCCUACCGAGCUGGAGAAACUUCUGAAGGCCAAAUGCUUGGCUCUGCUCGGCUACUAUCGCCCUGAGAGUGAUAGUGCUGGAGGAGCAGCCCAGAGUAUUAUGCUUGGCACCCUGGCAGAGAGUCUAGCGACCGAGAAGCAGCAUUUGAAGGAGGCCAGAGCUCAACAGGAAGAACUUAUAGGAUGCCUGGAGCAGCAAAAAGCUGCUUAUCCCCAGGUCCUGUUACGUUGCUUAGCCCUGCUGAAACGCUUGGCCCGUGAAUUUCGCCUCGGUGUCCAGUCCGAACUUGACCAGCUCAACACCCAGUAUCUGGAGAUUAAAUGCAGCGCCAUGUUCCUCAAGAUACGGCUUGAGGAAUUGAACAUCCUUUUGGAAACCUACACACCUGAGAAAGUGAACGUGCAUCGGAUGAUGAGGGACAACUUGCAGGCCAGCCUGAGCCAAGAAGAACAAGAUCUAGCCGCUUCCCGCAAGAUCCUUUCGAACUACGAGAUACUUGGCCCCGAAUUUGAGGAAUUGGUGAAAGAAUACACAAGGUUGCAAGCAGUGAUUGAGAACCGGCGCUGGGUGCUGACGGAAUUCAACAAAGACUGAAGUGGCUGAAGUGUUUGGACAGCGGCCGUUUGCACACUGUUAGUGGAUAAUAGAAAUGUCACGCAAUAAAGCUUGGAAGACAAAUAA